UUGUGUCAUUGUGUCGUCAGAGGGAGCGCUAGUUUUAAAUGCACGCGCAUGCACCGGUUGACUUGAGCUUCCCUCUUUCCCCGAGACGGUUGGAAGUUAUUGGAAUAAGCACCAUGCGGACAACUCGCAACUCCUGGAACCCCUCGGUUGGACUUUUGGGAUGUUUAAUAUUACCGCGGACGUCUUUCAAGGAGGUUCCUGCCUCGCCGGAACAGGAGCCGGGAGCCAACCGGUAUGCUAACAGCCCCUCACUGGACGGAGGCACGAGGCGGCUGGAGGGAGGCACGAGGCGUCUGGACCGAGACACGAGGCAGCUCAUCGGCCGCUUUCUCGACGACUUCACCGGGCUCUCCGAGGCUACGUGGGUGCCGAGCAAAGCCCAUUUAACGAUGAAAAAGGUCGUGACGAGACUAGUGGACAAGCACAGGUUCAAAUACAAUGGCAUCAUCAACCAGCUGUCAUUGGACCAAAGAGCGGACAACAUGGCCUUCGUCGGCGAAGUGGCCCAGCGUCUGUUCGCAGACGGGACCACCACCUGGGGUCGUAUCGCCAGCCUGUUGGCGUUUGGCGCCGUGGUGUGCCAGUACCUGAAGGAGAAGGAGCGAACCAUCUGUGUGGAGAUGGUGGCCCAGGAGAUCUCCACGUACCUGCUGUCCCACCAGCGCACCUGGCUGAUGGAACACAACUCUUGGGAUGGCUUUGUGCAAUUCUUCCAGGAAGCUGAGUCAGAUUGCUUUGUGAUGAACGCCCUUUUGACCUUUGUGGGACUGGCCGGUAUUGCUGCUUUGCUGGUGCGCUUGUUUCGGUGAAGUCUGUGGAGCUUUGUGUACUUUGACAGUUGACAUGAAAGAUCUCUACCUUUACACUAAAGUUAACUUAUGUAAAAAUGUCCUGCUUUUGUUUAAAAAAAAGCACAUUUUAUAUACUCAAUUGCACUUUUUUUUAUUGUUUCUAAUUCAUUUUUUUUCUUGUUUGCACUAGAGCUAAUUUUUGGCCUUUUUUAUUCACAAUACAGUAGGACCUCAUUUUGCUAGCAACCCGGUUUGUGUGUGUUUUUUGAUCAACAUCGAAAAUACACCCCAAAAUGCGGUGCAUUUUCCAGUUGGAGUACAAUAUGACACUAGUGUCUUGUCGCCUUUAUUAAUGCACUGCACUUAAUGUGUGAAUGUAUUUAACAUCCUGGUUGGCGUCCUUAGCUUGUUGACAAAAUGGCACCCGGAACUUAAUUCCGUCUGUCAUCAGUGUUUGAAUAAAUGAAAGUUUUACGGUUACUUAACAUUUUUUGGUUUUCAGGAACAAAGUCAUUUGAUUUUAUUAUUUUUCAUGGCCUUGGUCAGACCUUGAACUCAUCACACUAACCAAUGUUCCGCUGUAUUUUCUAAUGUGUGUGUGUAUAUAUGUAUAUAAGAGUUGAAUUUACCUUAUUACUGAGUUUAUUUUUACAUUUUUAAAAAUAAACAAGUGGCUUGGAAUGAUCUUGUCACAUA